CUUGCUAUUUGUAUAAUUCGUAGUUUUUUUUUAAUGAGAAACACGUGGAUUUAAUAAUUUAACUAAUAUUAAUACUAUUUAAUUAUGGAAACUAGCAAUAAAAUACAAUACUUAAUUGUGGAUACAAGUGCUUUUAUUAAAAAUGCAGCUCUACAAGAUAUUGGUGUUAAUAUCAUAACCGACCAAGAUGUGGUUAACGAGAUAACCAAUAAACGACAACUACGAAGGCUAGUUGUACUUCCAUAUGAUUUAAAUGUUCAAAGUGCAUUUCCAGAAAACAUUAAAUUUGUUACUGAAUUUGCUAAGAAAACAGGUGAUUAUACAAGUUUAUCUGCCACUGAUAUUAAAGUAAUUGCACUUACUUAUCAAUUAGAAAAAGAAAAAGUAGGUACGGAACAUUUGAAGGAAGCUCCAAUCAUUGUAAAAACUGUUAACAGUGCAAAACGUAAUAAAAAUCGUUUAAAACCUGUCGUUGGAUUUUAUAUGCCAAAGAAAAAAUUAAAUAGAACAAAUGGAAUUAAAGAUAAAGAAAAUAUAACGCAAAAUGAAGAAGAAGAAGUAUAUGUUGAUUCUCUUCAAGAAUAUUUAGAUCCUAUUGAUGACGAUAUUGUAAACGAUGUGGAUAAGCAAAAGGAUAAAGAAAAUCCUGAAAAUGAGAAAAACGAUAUAAAUGAAGAACAUCAAAAAUAUGAAAAAGAAGCAGAAGAAGAAGAAAAUGAAGAUGACGAAAAAGAUGAAAUUAAAUCAGAUGCCACAGAAUCUUCUAAUGAAUGUGGAUCUGAUUAUGAAACAGCAACAUCAGAUAUAGACUAUGACACAGAUAUUGAAACAGAAGAUUUGGCAGAUAAAUUUUCGAAUCUCAAUUGUGAACCAGAUCAAUUAGAAAUUCAAAGUGAAGAUGGAAAAAUGCAUAAUGUAGAUGAUAUUCUUGCACCUAUAUCAGAUGAGGAAGAUAAAGAUUUAUUAGAACAGAUAAGUGAAUGCGAGGAUGAAUUUGAAGAUGAAUGUAAUAAUGAUAGUGAUUGGAUAACACCAAGUAAUAUUAAAAAUAUGAAAAAACAUAUGGACUCUGACAUACUUAAGGAAAAAUCAGCAACUGUUGCAUGCUUAACAAUGGAUUUUGCAAUGCAAAAUGUUUUGAUGCAAAUUGGAUUGAAUAUAGCUUCGUUAGAUGGAAGAGUAAUCAAACAAAUGCGAACUUUCAUUUUUAGGUGUUAUGCUUGUUUCAAAACUACCAGCAUAAUGACUAAAGUUUUCUGUCCAAAUUGUGGCAAUAAGACAUUAAAAAAGGUUGCAAUUUCAUUAGAUGACAAUGGCAAACAACAAAUUCAUAUUAAUGCGCGAAGACCACUUUCGGCCAAGGGGAAGAAAUUUUCAUUGCCAACACCAAAAGGUGGAAAACAUGCAAAUAAUCCAAUACUUUGCGAGGAUCAACCAUUGCCUCAACAACGUGUUUCAAAACUGGCAAGAACAAAAAAUGAUCCACUAUAUGAAGAUUAUAUAGCAGGAUUUUCUCCAUUUGUUACGCGAGAUGUAUAUUCAAAAUCAGCUAUGUUAGGUAUUCGAUCAAAUGGUGCUGUUAAAUAUUGGAUGAAGAGAAAUCCAAAUGAAUCUAGAAGAAAACAAAAAUGAUAUAAAAACAAUUAAUUAUUACUUAUUAUUUAUGUAAAUGUAAUUUAUAUAAAUAUUUUUAAGGAA